UGUACGUGCGGUUGGGGUACUUCUGGCUUCAAUCAGGAGAUUCUCUUGUGCUUAGUGGUUAAAGAUCCCUAGAGGUCAACGAUUUAGUCGCGAGGGCACGUGUUGGGGUCUUUGCCGUUUACUCUCUUUAGGGCUCAGUGAUUGCGAACUGGAGGGUGGUGUUUGUCAGUGAAUGCUGUUUAUGGUUCGGGUUUUGUUUGGGGCUUAAAGAUGGAGUAUCUGUUUCGGGAUUAAUGGACAGGAGUCUCUGAGAUUAAUCUGGGUGGUGGUAGUAAUCGUUUGGGGUACAGAUGAGUGUAUGGGCUGAUACUUUGGAGGCCCGAGUACUUGGCCGCUGCGUGUGUUGAGCUCCAACCUCGGCCUGUGUAACAGAUGUGAUGGACGUUAACGUUACCCUUCUGCCGUUUAGGUCGGUCCGAGUCCUUUCUUCACCACUAGUUUUAAAAUCCUCUUUGGCACCCAACAUCACCCCUUACUCUUAAACUCCCAGAGAUGAAGGUUUUUGGCGAGAUGAAUGAUCCAGAGAUCCACCAGAUGAAUAUCUAAUAGCAGUAUGUUUUACGAUACUUAAGAUGCAGCUUUUAUCCUUUGUCCUGCAAGACUCCUGCACGUUCCUCUUGGAUAUUUCUUUUCAGAUUCUGUCUAAAACAAGUAAAAUAACAUCUCUGUCACCGUGAGUUCUGUUCCCAAAGGACAAUGCUUGUAAAAUUUUAGUGUAUUUCAGUUUUAGGCGUUUAUAUCAUGUCCUUCAUAUUCAUAAUUCAGAUAAAUUGCGUAAAUGGUACUAUGAUUUUCUCUUUCACUUUAUUUAAUGGAAUAUAGAUUUACAAAUUAUUUUAAAUGCGUGAACUGGUGGUAUUAUAAGUAGGUUUAUAUUCAGUGACUGCAUACAUUUAUAUAGACGUGAAAUAUUUAAAAUACUUAGGUGUCAUUUUUUGGAACAUUUUAUGAUUAUGCAUUUACCCAUGGAUUUGUUCCCUUGCCUUUCAUCUCCAGCCUAGACUACUUAUUUUAAUUGCAAUUGUAAACAUAUUAUUUGCUAACUCCCGUUCCCUUAUAAUUUUCUACAACACAAAAGAGCAGUUGACUUUAUUUAUUUAUUUAUUUUUGGCUGAUUUUUUAAAAAUUGAAGUAUAGUUGAUUUACAAUAUCGUGUUUCACGUGUACAGCACAUUGAUUCAGUUAUACAUGUAUAUAUAGAUAUCUUUUUCAGAUUCUUUUCCCUUCUAGGUUAUUACAAAAUAUUGAAUAUAGCUUCCUGUGCUAUACAGUAGGUCCUUGUUGGUUAUCUAUAUUACAUAUAGUAGUGUGUGUAUGUUAAUCCCAUCCUCCUAAUUUAUCCUCUCCCCACGCCCCCCAGUUUAAUAUUUAACUUUAAAUAUUUAUGUUUGGUCACCUUACUAAAUUCUUAAACCUACAAUAUCUUUCUUUCCACCCAACAUUUUAGUGUGAAAAUUUUCAAACAUACAGAAAUAUUGAAAGGAUUUUAUAUUAACCACCCAUAUACCUACCACUUAGGCUUUAUUAUUAAUAGUACUAGACUUGCUCUACCAGUUAGUUACCUAACCCUCUGUUCAUCCUUCUGUUCAUAUAUCAGUCUUUUGUUGUUGUUGGUUUUGGUAUAUUUCCAAGUAAGUUGCAGACUUCUACCAUUACUUUAAAUACUUAUUCAAUCACAUGAUUAAUUACAGUUCUACUAACAGCCUUUUACUUGUUUCCUUUCUUUAUGUAAUGAACAGACAUCUUAUUUACAAAUAAUUUUGGCCUGGUGUGGAGUGAAAAUUAAUUUCGGAACGAGAUGAAUCUGGUUUUUCAAUCCAAAUUCUGCCUCCUGCUCAUUGUGCAGUUCGUGUGACCUCUUGUCUGUUUCCUUCUUAGAAAAAAAGAAAAGAAAAGCAAUUAAAAUCUCUCCCUUAGCGUUAUUUUGAAGAUUCAGUGAAGUAAAAUACCUUAAAUAAUGAACUGUGAUGGCAGAUGCAUAGCAUAGCUGAGUAAAAAAGCUGCUAAUUUCCCCAUAUUUGUGGCUUUGUGUUUUGUAAAAUUUGUAUUUAUAACUCAUUUUCUCUCUCCCUGCUUUCCUCCUUGUUUUCCCUCUCUAUUUUUUUUUUUUGGAAAGAAAACUUCGAAAGCCAUGAACUUAUAUUAAUGACCGUGCUACAGCAAUUUUAUUUAAAGUGUAGAAUGCUGAUAUUUCCCUGAUUUUUUUUUUUUUCUUUCUUCUUUUUUGGCUGCAUCAGGUCUUAGUUGCGACGUAGGCUCUUCGUUGCAGCGUGCAGGCUUCUCUCUAGUUGUGGCCUGCGGGUUUUCUCUAGUUGUGGUGCGCAGGCUCCAGAGCGCAUGGGCUCUGCAGUUUGUGGCACGCGGGUUUAGUUGCUCCGCGGCAUGUGGGAUCUUAGUUCCCUGACCAGGGAUUGAAUCCGCAUCCCCUGCAUUGGAAGGCGGAUUCUUUACCACUGGACAACCAGAGAAGUGCCCUCUCUGAUUUUUAAAAUAUACAUGCUCUUAUGAAAAAUAUAGUGAAGAAAGUAAAAAUGACCUGUCAAAUAUCACACUUUUGCCAAUAUUUUCCUUUCAGAGAUUCUUAGAAAUGGAUUUUUAGGUUACCCGUUGAUAGUUUCAUUGAUCAUUUUCGCUUGAAUGUUAAAUUGUUCCCAGGAGACGUUCUUUUAAAUAGACACUUGACCUGUGUAUGCUUUAGAAUCGUAUAGAAUUUUUCCAUUUUAAUUUUGUAACCAGCCUCCUGACUAAACAGAUAUAUAGACAUAUUAGGCAAAUACAAUUUGCCUCUCCUUAUAUUCAAAACUCACCUUUUAUUAUUAUUUUUUCAAACUGCAUUGCAGUGGGUAAUGUAUCCAAACUCAGAUUCUCAACCCUGCUAUUAUAGUGUAAAAACAGCCUAAGACAAUAGUCAACGGAUGCGUCUGGCUGUGUUCCCAUAAACCUUGAUUUGUAAAAACAGAUGGUCCAGGCCCUGGAGAGUCUGUUACUGACUCUUGAUUUAGAUGAUCAUAUGGCUUUUCUGCUCCAAUUCAGGGUUGGACACCUGGAGCCCAUGGAUUAACUCUGGCCCAGUGCCUGUUUUUGUUAAUAAAGUUUUAUUGGAACCUAGCACACCUAUUGUUUUGUUUUUUAAAUACGGCUGUUUUUUGGCCACAUUGCAUGGCAUGUGGAAAUUCCCCAACCAGGGAUGGAACCCGUGCCCCGUGCAGUGGAAGCACGGACUCUUAACCACUGGACCACCAAGGGAAGUCCAAAAGUAUGACUGCUUUUGAGCUACAGUGGUAGAGUUGAGUAAUUGCCUCAGAAGCCAUGUACAUUAUAUUUUCUGUCUCUUAACAUAGAAAUUAUGUAUGUUUUUAAAAGUUAUUAGUUUUAUUUUGACAUCAGAGAUUACAAAUAAUAUACAGCCUUUGUCAAAGUGUUACUGUAAUUAGUACUUUAAUACUCUAUCUAUACAGAGAUCUUAGAACACUCAUUCGUUUAUCCACCUCAUAAUUUAUAUGCUAUCAUGGUAAAUUUUAACUCUUUUUUAAAAUUUAUUUAUUUUAUUUAUUUGUUUAUUUAUUUUUGGCUGCAUUGGGUCUUCAUUGCUACACGCGGGCUUUCUCUAGUUACGGCGAGCGGGGGCUACUCUUCCUUGCAGUGCGUGGGCUUCUCACUGCAGUGGCUUCUCUUGUUGCGGAGCACAGGCUCUAGGCGCGUGGGCUCAGUAGUUGUGGCUCGCGGGCUCUAGAGAGCGGGCUCAGUAGUUGUGGUGCACAGGCUUAGUUGCUCCAUGGCAUGUGGGAUCUUCCCGGACCAGGGCUCGAACCCAUGUCCCCUGCAUUAGCAGGCAGAUUCUCAACCACUGCGCCACCAGGGAAGCCCAGGCAGGCAGAUUCUUAACCACUGCGCCACCAGGGAAGUGGUGGUUAACUCUCUAUAUUUUUAAAACCUCCUGAGAUAUGAUCAUUUUCCCAGCUGGUACUAAUUUAGACUUAACUGCUUAUUUACCAGUUUAGUUCCUUUUCAUUCCUUGGUCCUCUGCUUACAUUGGAGGACCCUUUCCUUUUGCUUGAAGAACAUGUGCAUUUGCUGUAUUACAGGUCUUCUGAUGAAGAAUUCUCUCUGGUUUUGCCUGAAAAUGUUUUUUUUUUUUUAAUUGAAGUACAGUUGAUUUACAGUGUUGUGUUAGUUUCAGGUGUACAGCAAAAUGAUUCAGUUGUACGUACAUAUAUAUCUAUUUUUUUUCAGAUUCUUUUCUCCUACAGUUUAUUACAAAAUAUUGAAUAUAGUUCCCUGUGCUAUACAGUACGUCCUUGUUGGUUAUCUGUUUUAUAUAUGGUAGUGUGUAUAUGAUAAUCCCAAACUCCUAAUUUAUCCUUCUCCACCCCGACCCCUGAAAAUGUUUUUAUUUCAGUUUUAUUCCUAGAGGAUUUUUGGCUGAGUAUCCUUUAUAGGUUUAUGCUUAUAAUACUCUUAUCGAGGAUCAAGAGGUGGAUGGUAAUGAGAAAUUACAUGACGGUGCUUCUUAUUUGCUUAGCAUGAUGUUCUUCAAAUUUGAGUAUGUGAACCCUGGGAUGUAAAAAGACUUUUGAAGAGGUACGUGGAUGCACGUGGUUUAAAAGAAGAAAAAUGUGUAUAUCCUAUCUGUGUGUCCUCUUUCCUAAAGUUGAUCUACCUGUGGAUUUCCCUGCCAGUGGGGCAUUGUGCUGUGCUGGUUCUCCUUCCCACAUCCCCUUUCACAGUCUUACUGCUUCCAGUUUACAAGAGAAAGGUGUACUUCCCAAAUAUUUGGAAUGUUGUGUUUUAUCGGCCCAGAUGUAAAAGCUUCUUAAUAAAAGGACCGAUCGAUCUUUGGGGGCCUUAAUUUAAGGUGAGUGGCCAGCAACAUUGACAGGAUCUGGGCCAAAAGAGAAUGUGCCACUCAGAGUAAUUUGCUCUUCAGCCCACAGGUGCUGGCUUCCCAGGAACAAGAGGGAUCAAAGGAAAGAAGGAGGAAAAGAUUCUGAGACUUAAGUACUGUCAGUUCUGGAGACAUCCUUGAUUGGAGACUGAGAUUUUUGAACAGAAACUUAGAGCUGAUCCAGAAGAGCUAAAGACAACAUCCCAGUUUGCAGCCAUUUCCCAAAGUCAGAAGAAAAUGAUCCAGGCCCAGGAAUCCCUGACGUAUGACGACGUGACUAUGAAGUUCACGUGGGAGGAGUGGCAGCUCCUGGACCCCGAUCAGAAGGACCUGUACCGGGAUGUGAUGCUGGAGAACUAUAGCAACCUGGUGUCCGUGGGGUAUCAAGCCAGCAAACCAGAUGCUGUCUCCAGGUUGGAGCGAGGAGAACAACUGUGGCCAGUAGAAGAUGACAGCCAUGGUCGAAUCUGUCCGGAAAUCAGGAAAGUUGAUGACCCUCUGCAGCAUCACUUGCCAAAUCACAGCAUUCAAAAUACUGUGGAACAAUGCUGCGAACAUAAUACAUUUGCAAAUAUUGUUAAUCAGAACGAAACUCAUUUCCUAUUAAAGCAAAAUUGUGAUAUGUUUGACUUAACUGAAAAACCUUUAAAUGCAAAUUUAAGUUUUGAAAACCAGAAGAGAAGCUGUAACUUAGAGAACUCUGCUGAGUUUAAUGGAGAUGGGAAAUCCCUUCUCCAUGCUAACCAUGAGCAAUCUUUUACUGAAAUUAAAUUUCCUGUAAGUGCAAAACCCAUCAACAAUAACGCCCUGUCCACUAAGCAACAGAGAACUCACAACAUAGAGAAAGCCCAUGUAUGCAGUGAGUGUGGGAAAGCCUUCUUCAAGAUGUCUCAGCUCUCUGAUCAUCAGAAAGUUCAUACUAGAGAAAAACCUCAUGGAUGUAGUCUGUGUGGGAAAGCCUUCUCCAGAAAAUCCAGGCUCACUGAACAUCAGAGAACUCAUACGGGACUGAAACAUUAUGAGUGCACUGAAUGCGAUAAAACCUUCUUUGAGAAAUCGCAGUUCAAGAUACAUCAGAAAAGUCAUAUGGGAGAGAAACCUUACACAUGUAGCGAAUGUGGGAAAGCAUUCACCAAAAAGUGUCGGCUCAUUUAUCAUCAGCGAACUCAUACGGGAGAGAAGCCCCAUGGAUGCAGUCUGUGUGGAAAAGCCUUCUCUACAAAGUUCAGUCUCACUACACAUCAGAAAACUCAUACAGGAGAGAAACCUUACAUAUGCAGUGAAUGUGGAAAAGGCUUCAUCGAGAAGAGGCGUCUUAUUGCACACCAUCGAACUCAUACAGGUGAGAAACCCUUUAUAUGCAAUGUAUGUGGGAAAAGUUUCACCUUGAAGAACAGUCUUAUCACUCAUCAGCAAACUCACAGAGAAGAGAAAUUGUAUAUGUGCAGUGAAUGUGGGAAAGGCUUUUCAAUGAAGCACUGCCUCAUCGUACAUCAGCGAACUCAUACUGGAGAGAAACCCUAUACAUGCAAUGAGUGUGGAAAAGGCUUCACCUUGAAGAGCCCUCUCAUCAGACAUCAGCGGAUUCAUACAGGGGAGAAACCCUAUGUAUGUAGUGUGUGUGGAAAAGGCUUCACCAUGAAGAGUGAUCUUAUUGUACAUCAGCGAACUCAUACUGCAGAGAAACCCUAUGUAUGCAGUGACUGUGGGAAAGGCUUCACUGUGAAGAGCCGCCUGAUUGUACACCAGCGAACUCACACAGGGGAGAAGCCUUACGUGUGCAGUGAAUGCGGAAAAGGCUUUCCAGCCAAGAUCCGGCUGAUAGGACAUCAGCGAAUUCAUACAGGAGAGAAACCAUAUGUAUGCAGUGAAUGUGGUAAAGGCUUCACAGAGAAGAGUCAUCUCAACGUACACCAGCGCACUCACACAGGAGAGAAACCCUAUGUAUGCAAUGAAUGUGGCAAAGGCUUAACUGGGAAAAGCAUGCUCAUCGCACAUCUGCGAACUCAUACUGGAGAGAAACCAUAUAUAUGCAAUGAAUGUGGCAAGGGCUUCACCAUGAAGAGUACUCUGGGUACACAUCAGCAAACUCACACUGGAGAGAAACCAUACAAAUGCAACGAGUGUGGUAAAGCCUUUAGGAAGAAGACAUGCCUCAUACAACAUCAGAGAGUUCACUCAGGAAAAACUUCCUUUGCAUGUACUGAAUGUGGAAAAUUCUCUUUGCGCAAAAAUGAUCUCAUUACCCAUCAGAGAAUUCACACAGGAGAGAAGCCAUAUGAAUGCAGUGAAUGUGGGAAAACCUUCACCACAAAGUCAGGGCUCAAUGUUCAUCAAAGAAAGCAUACAGGAGAGAGGCCCUAUGGAUGCAGCGAGUGUGGGAAAGCUUUUGCCCACUUGUCAAUCCUUGUUAAACAUCAGAGAACUCAUACGGGACUGAAACAUUAUGAGUGCACUGAAUGCGAUAAAACCUUCUUCAAGAAAUCGCAGUUCAAUAAACAUCAGAAAAGUCAUAUGGGAGAGAAACCUUACACAUGUAGUGAAUGUGGGAAAGCAUUCACCACAAAGUGUCUGCUCAUUUAUCAUCAGCGAACUCAUACAGGGGAGAAGCCCCAUGGAUGCAGUCUGUGUGGAAAAGCCUUCUCUACAAAGUUCAGUCUCACGACACAUCAGAAAACUCAUACAGGAGAGAAACCUUACAUAUGCAGUGAAUGUGGAAAAGGCUUCAUCGAGAAGAGGCGUCUUAUUGCACACCGACGAACUCAUACUGGUGAGAAACCCUUUGUAUGCAGUGAAUGUGGGAAAAGUUUCACCUUGAAGAAGAGUCUUAUUCCACAUCAGCGAACUCAUACUGGAGAGAAACCCUAUACAUGCAAUGAUUGUGGAAAAGGCUUCACCUUGAAGAACCCUCUCAUCAGACAUCAGCGAACUCAUACAGGAGAGAAACCCUAUGUAUGUAGUGUAUGUGGAAAAGGCUUCACCAUGAAGGGUGAUCUCGUUGUACAUCAGCGAACUCAUAUUGCAAAGAAACCAUUUAUAUGCAGUGACUGUGGGAAAGGCUUCACUGUGAAGAGCCAACUGAUUGUACAUGAGCGAACCCAUACCGGAGAGAAACCCUAUGUGUGCAGUGAAUGCGGUAAAGGCUUUCCAGCCAAGGCCCGGCUGAUUGGACAUCAGCGAACACACACAGGAGAGAAACCUUAUAUAUGCAGUGAUUGUGGAAAAGGCUUCAUUCAGAAGGGCAAUCUCAUUGUACAUCAGCGAACUCACACAGGAGAGAAACCCUAUGUAUGCAACGAAUGUGGCAAAGGCUUAUCCGCGAAAAGGAAGCUCAUCGCACAUCUGCGAACUCAUACUGGAGAGAAACCAUAUAUAUGCAGUGAAUGUGGCAAGGGCUUCACCGUGAAGAGUACCCUUGGUACACAUCAGCAAACUCACACUGGAGAGAAACCGUACAAAUGCAACGAGUGUGGUAAAGCCUUUAAGAAGAAGACACGCCUCAUACAACAUGAGAGAUUUCACUCACGAAAGACUUCUUUGCAUGUACUGAAUGUGGAAAAUUCUCUUUGUGCAAAAAUGAUCUCAUUACCCAUCAGAGAAUUCACACAGGAGAGAAGCCAUAUGAAUGCAGUGAAUGUGGGAAAACCUUCACCACAAAGUCAGGGCUCAGUGUUCACCAAAGAAAACAUACAGGAGAGAGGCCCUAUGGAUGCAGUGAGUGUGGGAAAGCUUUUGCCCAAUUGUCAAUCCUUGAUAAACAUAAGAGAAUUCACAGGUAGUCACUUUGGGGAAGCCUGUUGCCGGUUGUAGACCCUCAAGAUAAUAGUAUGCAGAGAAGAAUCACAAUGCAAAGAAUGUGGUAUUAUCUUUAGUGAUCAAUUGCCUCAUAUUUUAUAUUGAUGAAAAAAUUUACAAAACUACUCGGAUACAAUCAGCCUUGGUGAAAAUAUUUUAGGACAUUCUAUGUCUAAAAAGUGUAUACUGAGAUAAAGCCUAUGAGUGUGAAGGACUAGGAAAGCCUUCAGUGGAAAUAAACCCUGUCAUAUGUGAUCAUCAUAGAUCAUGAAUGAAUGAAUAUUUCUAAUUGGUAGAAGUAUAAUUGUGGGAAAGCCUUUGCCCAGAAGUAAUACCUCAACAGAUGUCAGUUAUCACUAGAAAAAUACUUUCCUGUGGCAAUGAAUAUGGCAGGGUUUGCAGUAAUAAAUAUUGCUUCAUCAUUUGCCAGGAAAUCCGUGCAGAAACACAUUCUAUAUGGUGGACUUUAACAAAAUAUCAGACAACUUAAUGAAGGAAAGAAGCCUUGGGGAAAUGAUGAAUGAGAGCAUUCUGUUACAAGUCUUAACUUAAGGGAUACUACACCUCACAAGCAACUGAAGGAUACCUUCAGCCAUGUUUCUAGUUGCCCUGUCAUUGAUCUUAUAAAUUUUACAUAGUGGCAGUUACUCUCAUCAUGGAUUGAAUUUUCAUUAUUUAACUUUUGCAUUUCUUUGGUUCCAAGUUUGUGUUAUUUCAGAAGAUUUGAAUACUUCAAAAUGAAAAAUGUACUCGUUUCGUAAGUAUAACAACAGAUUUGGAUGUGUUUAACCAAGUUUGUAAGUACCAUCAGGGGGGUUAUAAAAUUAAUAUAAAUGUGAUGUUUUUAUAACUUUUAAUUUUGAAGUAAGUUUAGAAUCACAAAAACAAAUAUUCCAGAGAUUUCCUAAAUGCCCUUCAGCCCACUACUCCCAAAGGUAAAAUCUUAUAAUAACCACACAGUAAACUGUGUGGUUAUAUAAGGUCAAAUAGAGGAAAGUGAAACUGUUACAAUGCUGUUAACUACAGGGUUUAUUUCGAUUGCACCAGUUUUAACAUGUAGUAGUUUUUGUUUGGUUUUUAUAUAUCGCCUUAAGAAACUUUAUCACAUAUGUAGGUUCCUGUAACCAACAUCCCAGUAAAAAUUCAGAAUGCUUUGUCAACACAGACUCCCUCAUGCUACAUCCUCAUAGUCACAUCCUUUCCCCGACACUAACCCUUGGCAUCACAGAUCUUUUUUGUCAUUAUAGAAUAUUAGAAAAAUAGAAUCGUUUAGGAUGUAUCCUUUUGAGGUUGACUGUUUGACCUUGUGAAAUUGUAGAAAAUAGACAUAUUGGUCUCUGUCCCUGGUUUCUGGCACAGAGCUUCUGAAACGCUUGUAAAUUUCUACAUGAUAAGAGCGUGUGGAGCAUCUCUUACUCUAUUGAUGUGAUUCUGGGUGGGCUCCUGGAUGGGGGUUGGUCACCAGAGAGACCCAGCCAUGAUUAGAAGCUUGGAAUUUUCAGCCCACUCCCCAUCUUCCAGAGAAGGGAGAGGGGCUAGAAAUGGAGUUACUAAUUAAUCAUGCCUAUGUAAGGAAGCCUCCAUGAAAUCCCAAUAGUAGGUAUUUUGGAGAGCUUCUACAUGGGUGAACACAUUCAGAUAUGGGGAGAGUAACACACCGUAGCACAGGGACAGAAGCUCCUGUGCUUGGGAUCCUCCCACACCUCGCCCUAUUUUUGUCUUCAUUUGGCUGUUCAUCUGUAUCCUUUAUCAUAUCCUUUAAUAAACUGAUAAACGCAA